AUGGAUAAUCAAAUGUUAUCGAGGAACCUGGAGAUCCUGUCAGGGAUGAAGUGGAACAUUCGUGGCCUCCUGCUUAUUUUAUCUGCCCUUUUCUGCAUAUCUGUAGGAGAUUCCACAGGUAAUAUCCCUCCAAAGUGUCCUCUGCACUCAAAAUCUGCAGACACAAAAAAUGGAAAUAAGGAGAUGGAUAUGUUCAUACUGGGUUCAUGUGGUUUCAAAGGAUACAUGAAAACAGGUAGUUGCAAUGGUGAUACAUGGGGUAUUUCACAGAACCAAUCAGUGAGCUUACUUCAGUGCGGUUUUAAAGUAUCAUCAGAGAACCUAUUCAAAAUCUCUGUAUUUCCGAUUGUUGAAGAUGCAUUCUGUACAGGAAACACAACACACAGUACAAACACAUCCUGUACAACAUACAGUAGUGACUGUGGUGUAACUUUAUCAAGACACCCACCUUACAAACUCAACAUAAGCAGAAGUGUUAUGCCCACAUUUGUCUGUUUAAUUGAAGGGAAAUGUAGAAAUUACACUUUGACAAACUGGAUUACAAAAGGUUGUAACUGGAGCCACCAAACCCCUAAAUAUUUUGAGAAUGCGGGAUAUGCAUGUAAUAUGACCUGCCUGAAUCCCAGUCAGACGUGUAAGAAUGCACAAUAUGAUUCCAGCUGUAAAGGUAAAGAAGGUAAUAUAAACAGGAUUGUGGUCCAUAAUAAAACUGCAACUUGUUAUAAGUGUGGAAGUCCUCUUCAAGAUACGCCAAAAAUUCAAGCAUCCUCAAAUGAUUUCAAUACUAAUAAAACAGAGAUAGAUGCUGCGGCAGCUGCGUAA